UUACUUAGACGUAUUUGUGAUUUGCCGACAGUCCAAGACUUGUUUGCUUUUAUUUGAUUUCCCAUUUUUCAUUUCUUUAGCUGGGUUUGGACUGUAGGGGAACUGGCUUGCAGUGCAGAGUGGAGUGGUAACCGAGUGGCUGGGAAAUGGAAAUGCAGACAAUAUAUAUUUGCUUAGUAAAACAAAAAUGUAGAUGAAUUAUCAUGAAUCAACUAUGCUAAAAGUUCAAGAGCAUACACGUAAAUGAUUUGAUAAUUCUAUAACACGCGUAACAUAUUUUGAAAAUAGGACAACUAGAUUUCAGUUUUUUCACCAACCUUACGAGCUUUGGCCUCUGCUUCUAUGACAUUAAAAUGUUUUUCUAAUUUCCACCAAUGGUGAAGCAUAAAAGAAAUGAUAGCCUUUCCAUUGUGCUUCAUUUUUACCAGUUUUAUUUUUCAGCUGCCCCGGAUGGCAUGCCCUCAAACUCGUAUCUUUUUAAUUGCAAAGAAUUCUAACAAGUUCAAACUUGAGGUGUGUCUAUAAUUGAGGAUGGAGGGGAUGGUGUUACAAUGGAGCUGGAAAUGCAAUGGGAUGGAAAUCCAAGUAUUAUACUUGAUAUUAAAACUCUUCUUGGUGUUGCACUACCGGUGCAGGUAAAAAAUAUUGGAUUUACUGGUGUUUUUAGGUUGAUCUUUAAGCCUCUAGUUGAUGAAUUUCCUGGUUUUGGAGCUAUUAGCUAUUCAUUAAGGCAGAAGAAAAAGUUGGAUUUUACACUUAAAGUCAUCGGCGGUGAUAUAUCAGCAAUCCCUGGAUUAUAUGAUGCAAUUGAGGGGGCAAUCCGUGAUGCCGUUGAAGAUUCUAUUACAUGGCCUGUGAGAAAAGUUGUACCCAUCUUGCCUGGAGAUUACAGUGAUCUGGAGUUGAAGCCUGUGGGAAUAUUAGAAGUAAAGCUUGUGCAAGCAAAGGAAUUAACAAACAAGGAUAUCAUUGGAAAAUCAGAUCCAUAUGCUGUAGUAUACAUACGACCUCUACGCGACAGAAUGAAGAAAAGCAAGACAAUUAACAAUGAUUUGAAUCCAAUUUGGAAUGAGCACUUUGAGUUUAUCGUCGAAGAUGUGUCCACUCAACACCUAAUUGUUAAAGUUUAUGAUUCUGAGGGUUUACAGUCAUCUGAAUUGAUUGGUUGUGCUCAGUUAGGACUUGCUGAACUUCAACCUGGUAAAGUGAAGGAUGUUUGGUUGAAGUUGGUCAAGGAUCUGGAGAUCCAAAGGGAUAACAAGAACAGGGGGCAGGUACACUUGGAGCUCUUGUACUGUCCAUUUGGCAUGGAGAAUAGCUUUACAAAUCCAUUUGCUCCCAACUACUCAAUGACAUCUCUGGAAAAGGUUCUUAAAAAUGCAACGAAUGGAAUAGAGUCUAAUGCAAAUGAAAAUGCAGCUACCCCGAAGAAAAAAGAGGUUAUUAUUAGAGGAGUCCUUUCUGUUACUGUAAUAUCGGCUGAAGACUUGCCUGCAACAGAUUUCUUGGGGAAAUCUGAUCCUUUUGUUGUUCUUACCUUGAAGAAAGCAGAAACAAAAAAUAAAACCAGGGUUGUGAAUGACAGCUUGAAUCCGGUUUGGAAUCAAACAUUUGACUUCGUUGUAGAAGAUGGAUUACAUGAUAUGCUAAUUGUUGAAGUUUGGGACCACGACACAUUUGGAAAGGAUUAUAUGGGGAGGUGCAUAUUGACGCUUACUAGGGUAAUACUGGAAGGAGAGUACAAAGAACGUUUUGAGCUAGAUGGUGCUAAAUCUGGGUAUUUGAAUUUGCAUCUCAAAUGGAUGCCGCAACCAAUUUUCCGUGAUGCGUAAAAUUCCUAUCCAUUGUACGUAUUCUUAGCCAAUGUAUAUACUUAUCAAACAUAAUGAUAUACAAUUUUUUCUAUCGUAUUAUUAUUUUCCAUCAGCCCUGUGAUUUAUUACUGUUCAAAUGUAAAAUCAACAGCACGUGGUUGCAUAGUUGUUUUUUAACUCUAGUUUUGUUGCUUUUAUUAUCUAGCAUUGUUAAAUGUUACCAGCAUUAAAUGUUUUAAAUAAAUAUGAACAGAAGGUGACAAGUGAA